GUCAUGAUACAAGAGAUUGAAUGGUCAAAACCAUGACCAAGCUCAUUCAUGUCAUUCUUAUCUUUUCUUUAGCUUAUGUGGUUCGAUCUGAUAGAACCCUGAAUACUUUCAAGAUUUUGCAUGCUUCUGGACCCGAAGCUAUUGCUUUUGAUCUGACUGGCCAAGGGCCUUAUACGGGUGUCUCUGAUGGUAGAGUUCUCAAAUAUGAAGGUCCUGGAAUUGGUUUUGUCGAAUUUGCUCAUGCUUCGCCCCUCAGGAAAAAUACCAUUUGUGUGGGAUUCAACUACAGAACAGGUGAGCUUUACAUAGCAGAUGCUUUCUUUGGUUUGUGCAAGGUCGGGCCUGAUGGAGGCCUUGCAGAACAACUUGCUACAAGUGCAGAAGGUGGUCCUUUCAAAUGGCUUGAUGGUUUAGAUGUAGAUUCGACAACCGAAAUGGUCUACUUCACGGAUAUUAGCACUAAAUAUACUUUCAGAGAGCUGCCGCAAGCACUUUCAAGCGGUGACUCAACAGGAAGACUAAUGUCAUACAAUCCGAAGACAAAAGAGGUUCAGGUGCUGCUGAGCGGGCUUCAGAUACCAGGUGGUACAGGGGUCAGCAGGGAUGGUUCUUUUGUCCUUGUUUCAGAAUACACUGGACACAGAAUCCUGAAAUAUUGGUUGAAAGGACCAAAGGCCAACACAGCAGAGGCAAUCCUGAGCAUCCAUAGGCCAGAUAACAUAAAGAGGACAUUGUUAGGUGAUUUCUGGAUUGGAGCAAAUAUAAUCAUGCAACAGCCUGCUCCAAAUACGAUUCCCCAAGGAGUCAGAAUUAAUGAAUCUGGAAAAGUUCUUGAAACUAUCAAUCUUGAUGGAAUAUUCAGAAAUGAAACCAUCGCAGAGGUUCAAGAAUUUGCUGGUUCUUACUAUGUCGUGUCCAUUCGUCGCAACUCUGUUGGCAUUUGCAAGUGUUUUGUUGAAGAAAUGGUAGAAAGUUGUUGGGUAUUAGGUAUGAUUGGAUAAAAGAAAACUGCAGCUAGGACUUCCAUAAUGCUCUAGUCAUGUAUUCCAUUUUUUUUUUUUUUUGUCGAAUUGAUAGGAUGAGUCAUGUAUUCCAUUUACUUUAGUCAAGUCUUAACAAAGUGUUAUUUCCUUGGUUGCUGACCA